CUCUCCGACACUUUCCUUGUCGAAGCAAAGGACACGACCCCGGCCAUGGCGGAUGCCAUGCCGCCGCCGGCCAUGCCGCCGCAGAAGCCGCCGCAGAAGCCCCAGUCCUUUGGGCCGGAGGACGACUUGCCGCACCCGCGCAGGCACUGCUUCAAGCGGAAGCUGCGGCCGGAUCUGGAGGCGACCUUCCGCGAGCUCGUGGCGCGGGCGCCCGAGGCGCCGGAGGCGAAAGCAUCGCCUCUGGGUAUGGUCUUCGUGCUGGGGCGGGUGGUGGACGAGCGGAACCAGAAGGACGUGCUGCUGCCGGUGGCCAGCGAAGUGCUGCUGGAUGGGGGCGGGCACGGCUUCGCGCCGGACCUGUCGCCCGAUUUGGUGCGGCGCCUGCAGCUGCUGCUGGAUGAGCGGGUCGAUGCGCACAAGGCGCAACCCCCGGAAGAGCGGCGAUGGGCGCACGUGACCCUGGAGCAAAGGCACUCUGCCGUGGCGGCCUUUGAUGCAGCGGCGACCUUCUACUGCCCCAUCAGCCGGUGGCACUACCAGCUGAGGUUCCGGAGGCCGGAGUCAGCGCGAGGCCGCGAGCGGAAAGAAACCAACCUGGUGUUCCGGAAGGUGUCCGGGCCAGACGACCCCACCUGGACCAUUUCUAUCGUGCAGGAGGAGGCCAAAGCAUGGGUAGAGCUGCGCAUGAAUGAGGCAUUCCUCCUCUACCACCGUGGGCGCAUGAGGGCGUCAAAACCUCACAACUUCAGCAGGCUCUGCCGGGACUUCCGCCGCAACGCCCAAGCGCUGCAGCAAGCCAUGGACAGCCUGGACCCGCUGAAGACAGGGGACACGGAGAAGCUCUACUACCCCGGGCUCUUCGAUGCGGCUACCCGCACCCAGGAGUUCUACGACAAGCGUGCGACCUACGGCACCUGGACGGGCGCAGACGAGACUGCACGACUUCGGCGCCUGAACAACUGUGUGAAGACCAUGAUGCUGGAGAGCUUUGUGGACGGCAUGUCCGGGGAGCUCCGCGUCCUGGAUCUGGCCUGCGGCCGUGGUCAAGAUCUCCUGAAGUACUCCCGGGAGCACCGCGCCUGCCACGUGAAGCACCUGGUGGGCAUCGACUUCGCUGCCGAGGCCAUCGAGGAGGCCCGGCGCCGCUAUGGCACGAUCCUCCAGAGGGCAGCCAAGGCGGGGCGCGAAGAGUUCACCGCCGUCUUCAAGACCGGGGACCUCCGCCAGUCCGCGACCUUUUUGGAGGAAACUACCCAGUUCGACGUGGUGGUUUGCCAGUUUGCCCUGCAGUAUUUGCUGGACUCGGAGCAGGCUGCCCGGCAGUUCCUGGAGCGCCUGGUGCCUUUGCUGCGGCCGGGGGGCCGCUUCCUGGGCACGGUGCCUUCCUGCGAAGUCCUUGCGGACUUCUACGAGCGGGGGAUCCCUACACGGCCCAGGAGCUGCGAGCGGACCUUGCGCAGCCGCCUCUUUCAGGCGAGCUUCCAGGGGGAGGCCUGGCGGCGUCUGGAGGAUGCGGGCCUGCAGCUGGAGCUGGACGAGGUUUUUCUGCGCCAGUGGGGCCUGCCGUACCUCUUCUCCCUGGAGGGCGCUGUCCAUGCGGAGGAGUACGUGAUGCCCUGGGAAAGCUUCGAGGAGUUGGCGGCCUCUUACGGCUUGAGGGUCUUAGCGGACGCCUCCUUCCCGGACCUGCUGGCCCAGCUCAAGGCGAAGUCCAGCUUCUACAAGAAUGUUUUCUCCAAAGAUCGAGGGAACACUAACUUGACAGUGGAGGAGGAGAAUCUCUUCAGACUGUACUCCGGCUUUGUGCUGGAGCGAGAGCCCGGCGAGUAGGAGGAA